AUGUCUCUCAAUGGGUUAGACAAUCCCGCCGUCUUAGAAGCCUAUCAGGUUGCUUUGAAUGAAGCGGGAGGAUGGUUCCUGCUCCAUUACGUCGCCAGAGAUGAAGUCGCUCUGUUCGAACGAGGAACGGGCGGCGUCCCCGAGGUCCGCACCACAAUUGACGCCUACGAGGAGGUCUCGCCCUUGUAUGGCUUUCUUCAGUAUCGUCGCCGGAAGGUAGUGUUAAGCUAUCUGCCCGAGGGCCUGUCUCGACUCGUCCAAGCCCGUACCACUGUCCAGUUCCAGUCCAUUCUUGAUAAAUUCUCGCCCCACGAUACCGUCUUCACUCUGGCGCAAUCCUCCCAACUCACCGAGAGCGCCUUGUCGUCCGCAUGUCUGCUUCACACUGCUUCAGGUUCUAUCACCUCCUCCUCGAGCUCACUCCGCCGUCGCAGGCUGAUGGAGAUCGCGGAAGACGCAGAAGAAAACACCGUUACUCGGGAUGCGUUGCCGGCGCAGUCCCCCGUUGGCAACACCCGACAAAGGUCUUUCAGUCAAUUAUCGGAUGCCACGAUCGUGGCCCCUCCGGCGCCCUCGGACGCGCAGCCUCCUCCUGUCCCCAGUGAUCCGCCUGCACCUCCCGCCGCGGCCAUUGUCACGAUCCCCGAGACCCCUGCGACUGACGUUGCGCAGCCCGCCCCGUCCGUAGAACGGGGUGUCGAUGUCGAGCGUGCGUCCUCGCGUGCAUCCUCGCUAAGGAAUUUCCGCGAGGAGCUGUCCCACCCCUUGACGCCUUCUGAGUCGCGAAAAUCCACCCAGUCCGCCAGACCGUCGUUACGAGACCUGGAGCUCACCGGUACCUACCCCCAAAAGGUCAAACGUGGCCCCCGGCCCUCGGUAGACGUGAAUGGGCGACCGCGCACGGCAGGAAAUCUGUCUCGAAGCAUCGAACAGCAGCGGCCGGUCGCCUCCUUGCCCGCUGGCAUUCGAUCGUCGUCGCUGCGGAAGACCAGCCCGCCCACUGCGCGGCCCCGGUCGCAGGGCAACACCGCCGCCGCUGCCACCCCCGGCAAACGGGCCCCUCCCGUUCCUCCGUUACUCGUCCCUCCACUUUCGACGCCCAUCUCCCGACCCCAAAUAUCUCCGGGGGCCAAGUCCUUGAGUGCUCUCUCGUCGGGAACCUCGCACGAGAGGGAAAGGCUCAUGAAGGCAUUGCAGCUUCGCAGGACACAAUUGGAGAAGAAGGCGCAAGGAGCGGGUAAUAACAAGCCCUCGAAGGCCGCGGACGGGGGAAGGCAGCAACGGCAGAAGGAGCAGCCGACGACGAGUCCCAGGGAGGACAACAAGGAGAAUCGGGAGAAGAGUACGAAUGGCGAUGGCAAGCAUGAAGAAAAGCCGGCUGUGAUCGAGCCAAGCAGAUCGCUUACCCCUUUGGCGGAACCUCGGCCAGCCCCUAUUCUUGCUACGGAGCUGAUGGAGCAAUCCCCUGGGGCGGAGACGGCCCCCUUAUCCUUAAGGCAGCCCACCCCCGAGCCAGCGCCGACGGAAAUAAAGGAGAGCGUCUCCCAGGAGGCCGACGAGGGUCCGUCCGACGUGCCGGUAUCUACUAUCACUCCUACUUCUACGUCUCCGACGCAACCCUCCACCGACCGUAGCCAAAUCUCGGCGAAGGAGGCGUCUCCAGAAGCACAGACUACUCUCCGCCAACCUGAAACAGACGCUGGCCAAGCUGACCCGGCCCUGCUUGAUGCUAAAAGUGGCCCCGGCUCGCCUAGCGCCGUCGUCGACGUCCCACCAGAGCCCGAAUCCCUGAAGGCUCCAGAAGAAAUUAUUACACCUUCCCCACCAGCCGAAAACCCUGUCAUUUCCGGUGCGCUGGACGACGACGCGACAGGGGAAUCGACCGCAUCACCGAUCCCACCCCAGUCCCUCCCUCUGCCGACCUCGCCGUCGCCCUCGCCGCCCCCUGGUUCGUCGCGGCCACCCUCCAUCCCUGAAAUUGCCCCGACCGUCAUCGCAUCGGAGACCCCCGAGCCGCAGCAUGACCUAACCGCAGCAGCCCCUGAACCCCCCAUCGCGCAACAAAAAGACGUCGUCCACCGGAAGGACAAACGCAAGCCUCACCUCGAACCUAUCCAGGUUCCGACCCCCGAUUACUCGGAUGACGACAACUUUUCGGAUGAUUCGUUCAUGGAAGAACUGAAGAGCGCCACCGUGGAAGAAGCCAAGCCGAUCUCCGUCGGCAAAUCCCCGCUGUCGCCGGGAUAUUCGAACAACGGGAACGAGAGGACGAGUCCGGACGCCUGGAGGAACUCUCGCGCCGUCUCCAACCCCAGUGCUAUCGGUGGCCAAUCUCCCAACAACCUACAGGCGCUGGCCGUCGGUCGAUCGGUGUCGACCUCGUACGCGGAGAUGGACAGCGCCACGAACCCCGUUCUGGUCGCCAAGAAGAUCAACGUGUCUUCGGGAAUCUCCAAACGCAUCAAGGCGCUGGAGAAGUUCACCGGCAACGCCCCGUCGCAUUCCGCCCCGAACCUGGCCGUCCCGCCUGCGUCGACUUCUUUCGAGACGCUUCGCAAGCGGGCUUCGGUGUCCGUGGGCGGCCACUCGGAUGCGCUCUCCCGUCAGGGAUCAUAUUCACCCGAACCCUUCUCGCGGGCUUCGAGCGUCCGUCGUCCUUCCUCAAGUACCAGUGCUCCGCGAACCACCAACUCCGUCUCCGUUACCGCCCGCAUUGUACGCGACUCAUCGCCGGCGGAGACGAACGGGACCCCCCCAGAGUCGGGCGUCCUUAAUCUCCAGCCCAGUCCGUUGACCGUCGAGCACGACCCUGCCGAUCCAUCGCCUGCGGCACCUAGUCCGCCCCCCGAGUCGGUCCCCAUCCUCAGCACAUCCGACAAGCGCAGCAUGUCGACGUCGUCCGCCGGGUCGGGGCCCCGGUCUAUCUCGCCUACCAUGCAACGCUCGGAGAGCCGAUUGUCGAUUUCAUCGGCGUCUCGCAACGACCGCUCCGCCGACGUGCCGUCGUCACCCGAGGACAAGCGGGAAUCGCGCACGUCUCGGAUUCUGCGCCGGAUGUCGUCCAUCACGUCGAACUCCCGCAAGGGCUCGGUCGGUGCCUUGAGUUCCCCAGUGAAGGAGGAAGAGAGUGUCACCGAAACCAAGACACCCGACGCUGUCGUCGAGGCGCCUCAGGCGGUGGACAUUGGCGAGGUCAACGUGCAGUUUCCGGACACCUUACUGUGGAAACGCCGAUUCAUUCGAAUUGAUGACAAGGGAUUCUUGGUGCUGACUCCGGGGACUACCGAUUCUAGCAAUCGCAACAUGAUCAAGCGAUAUCACCUGAGCGAAUUCCGCACGCCCUGUCUCCCGGACGAGGACUGUCAGGAACUCCCCAACAGCAUUUUGCUGGAAUUUCUUGAUGGAAGGACCCUCCAAUGUGCCUGCGAGUCAAGACAAGGCCAGGCCUUUGUCCUUCAGACUCUUGUCGGGGCUCACACUACUUACCAAUCGACUAUGGCGUAA